AACAAAGGUCUUGAACAAAGCAGAAAGCCCUGGAAAAUUCAUCAAACAAUUACUACUACUUGUCCAAUCGGUUUUCAUCUUGGGACUUCGUUCCUACACAGACCUUGGGCGAUCUCCUCAAAAGCCCUUUUCCACCACCUGGUCGCUUUAAUCAACCUUGGUGUAUGGCAGCUGAACCAUUCGGUGUUGACAAGCGAGUUGAUACGUCGUUGGUUGAGAAAGUAGCGUGUGGAAAGAGGCAAACAGUUCAUCAACGAAGCGGCAACGAUGGUGCAGCGUUAUUUGUGAAGUGCUGCGGUAAAUUUGGCGGACACACAAAGCGACAUUUGCCCGCGCAUUUCAGACCGUUACAAAAAGGGACGGCCGUUUGAAAAUCUGCGAGCAAUCGGAUCCGAUAGACGAGCCGAAGGUUGCCAUGGACUUCCAAUCACAGAAUGCUCUGCUGAAGCACGCGCUAAACUAUUACAUGAGGUUACUGAAGACGAACGACGAACGUUUGGAAGAAUGGUAUCAGAAGCAGCAGGACUGGUUUAAAGAGCGAAUGCAACUCCAGAAGAAGGUCGACGAUCUGAGUUGUGAGGCCGAGACGCUGCGGAACAAGAUAGCCAUGAUGGAGAUAUGCGAACGCACCACUCGGCACGCGAUUGCACUGGCGCCGUACGAGGAGGUGGCUUCGGCACCGCAACCAGCAGAAGCUGUCGAACCGCCAGCAAGCGACGAACCGGAGGCGAUGCUGGCGGACAGUUUGGACGAUGCCGAUCCAGCAGCAGCAGCGGUCGAACAGCCUCAAAAGCAGAAGAAGCGAUCGAAGAAAUCAGCAGCGGAAGCGCAACACCGAAAACAACAGCAGCAGCAGGAGGAGACUUCGCAAAGUCGCAACAAGAGCCGGCUGCCAAGGGAUACCAUCUGCAUCACGCCGGAUGCGGAAUACACGUACCACGACGUACUGACAGCGUUGCGCGACAAUGCCGAGUUUGCCAGUGUCGCGGCGGAGCUGCUCGAACCACCCCGCCGGCAGGCGAACGACACGCUGGUCCUGCGCUGCCAGCGCGGCGUCUAUUACGACGCGAUCGAGCAAUACCUUUGGGACGCGCUCGACCAAUCCGACGUUGUGGUGAGCGUUCGGGUGACGAUGACGACGGUACCGGUGGUGUGCCGCAACCUGGACGAGCUUACCACCGCGCCGGAGCUGCAGGAGGCCCUGCUGGAACAGCACGGCGUGACGAUUCACCCGGACAGCGUGCUGCUGCGCAAGCUGCCGAGCGGAUUGCAGCGGGCGCGCCUGCUCGUGGAUGCCCGGGAUGCGCCCGGCUUGAUCGGCAAGCGGCUGCGCGUCGGGCUCGUUACCACCACGCUGAGGGCGGAAGAUCGGUCACCGCCAGACGAGGUGCGCUGCUACCGCUGCAUGGAGCGGGGGCACACGUCGCGUGAGUGCACCGGGGUGGACCGCUCCCGGCGGUGCUUCCGGUGCGGUUCGGGCGACCACUGGGCGGCCACCUGCAACCGGGCCGCCAAGUGUUUGGUGUGCGAGGGAAAGCACCCGACAGGAGCGAGCAGUUGCGCCGGUGCACCGGUGAAGGGGGAACCAGAGGUGUAAACGCUCCACGACCACGAUCGUGACCAUAGACACAGAGUCCAAUUUCGGGGUUUUACAAGUCGCAUUCAAAAUGCCAACCAAAUAUUAACUCAACAGCUCAAGCUCAUUCACAUUCGCUGUUGAUUCACCGCACCGCUUUCUGUUCCCGAAAAGUACCAUUUUUAUAAUCAUUUCUUUAUAUUUUAUAAUUAUUUUUUCAUGAUAGCUUCUGACUUAACAGAUCGGGAACGUUUCAAACACCAAAUUGCGGCUGUGAAAAUAUUACUGGUGGCGGUGAAACGACGUCUUUUGACCUCUUUGAACAGGCUUGUUUCGAAAAAAGUUUUGCUAGCAUUUGAUUCUGACGUAAACCCCUGGAUAGUUUAGAGAUUAAGAUUUAUAUAAUAAUUUUUUUGUCUUGUUGAAAUUACAAACAAAGAUCUAGCAUUAACCAAUCGUCCUUUUCACUUGAAUAAAACAAACACUGAAUGUCCUGAGUGUCCUGAAAGCAAUGAAAA